UCUCGAUUUGAACCAAUCUCUCACAAAGUCGAACUUGAGGUGGAGGCACGUAGUAAAUAAACUGAAUGGAUCAUAGAGCAUUCUGCAGUUACCACAGCGAGCAAUUUACACUGAAAUCUUCAGUAUUUCCUCUGGGUGUUGUCGAAUUCAGUUGACAGUCGUUGGCUACUCUUAAAAUAGGCUGUUGGAGGAACGAACUAAACGUUUGUUUUUUGACGUUUAGGUAAUGUAGCAAGCCACAGACCGUAUGGUGAGUGAGUUACUUCAAUGAGGACAUACCAGGCCUGUCCAGUUAAAUAGACAGAACAGAAACCUUGAAUUAAGGAAGCGAAUACUGGAUAAGACGUAAGAUAACAUUAAUUUCAGGCACAAAUUAAACCCUUAUGAGGUUAACAGGGCGGUUGUUGUGUGCUGUCGUUAGAGGCUAGAGAAGCUAACGUUCUUUCAGGGUUUUGGCGCGAGCGUUCGAUCAUUCAUUGCUCGCGGGACAGUUUACGCACCAGUAGCGCAUCUGUGGCCAAUGCCACCUGAUCACCAAAGCAAAAUCUUUUAAGAUUCAGCGGAACACAAAAGCAGGCCAGGACGAGUGCGCUAGCCACGUCGCGUGCACUACAGUGGUUAGCUGUCACAAGGAUCUCCAUUGGUCUUGAUGCUUGGUUUGAGUUAAUAUCAACGAAGAUCCAGAGCAGAAAUGUCAGAUACGAGUAAAGAAGUGGUGGAUCUGGUGUGGGGCAGACCCAGUGGCGGAGGAGUGCCUGCAUCCCUCUUCCGCAGGUGGUCUCAAGGCUUUGUGUUCAGUGAGGCUGAGCGCUCUGCACUGGAGCAGUUUGAAGGCGGACCGUGUGCUGUCAUUGCACCUGUACAGGCUUUCCUGUUGAAGAACAUUUUGUUUAACACUGAAGGCUCAAACUGGAAAGAUAUCUCAGAGGAAGAGCAGCGGACGGUCUUGUGCUCCACCCUUAGUGAGAUCCUGGAGUCGGCCUGCCUAAAUAAGACACAGGCAUUUCACCUGGCCACCUGGCCUCGUGCUAAAACCACAGACAGCAGUGACAUCACAGACAGCCACCCAGAGCCUGAGUCCAGCCAAACUACUGACACACCAACUGCUUUGGCUGCUGAGGAGCUUGGCUUUGAGAGGUUUCACAGCGUCAUACAGAAGAGGACUCUCCGGACUGUUGCAGAGUUGAGAGAGGCCGUGUUGUCACUGUACGACACCUGGAAGAACAAAUUUGGAGUUCUGCUCUUCCUGUACUCUGUCAUACUUACAAAGGGGAUUGAGAACAUAAAGAAUGAGAUCGAAGACACCUCUGAACCUCUGAUUGAUCCUGUUUACGGCCACGGCAGCCAAAGUCUAAUCAUGCUGGUGACAGGUCAUGCCGUGUCUAACGUGUGGGACGGUGAUAGAGAAUGUUCUGGAAUGAAGCUUCAUGGCAUCCAUCAGCAGGCCUCUGUUGGCUUCCUUACACUAAUGGAGUCACUGCGCUAUUGCAAGGUUGGCUCUUUUCUCAAAUCUCCAAAAUUCCCUAUUUGGAUCCUUGGCAGCGAGACUCAUCUCUCAGUAUUCUUCACUAAGGAGAUGGCUUUGGUUGCCCCUGAGUCUCCAUCAGAGCAGGCCAGAAGAGUCUUCCAGACAUUUGACCCAGAAGAUAAUGGGUUCAUUCCAGACACGCUGCUUGAAGAUGUUAUGAAAGCCUUGGAUCUCGUCUCCGAGCCAGACUAUGUGAAUUUGAUGAAGAGUAAGCUGGAUCCAGAGGGAUUGGGUAUUAUUCUGUUGGGCCAGUUUCUGCUGGAGUUCUUCCCUGAUCAGGAUUCUGUGAUCCCAGACUCAUUUCCUGUGUAUCACUAUAAUGGCCUGAAGCAGUCCAACCACAACGAGAAGGUGAGUUAUGUCGAGGGCACUGCUUUGGUCAUGGGUUUUGAGGACCCCAUGGUACGUACAGACGACACCCCGGUCAAGCGCUGUCUACAGACCAAAUGGCCCUACAUCGAGCUCCUGUGGACCACGGAAAGGUCGCCCUCCCUCAAUUAACCUUUCUCUCUCACCUUUCACCUGCCAACCUCUGGCUGCACAGCCCGCUGACUUCAGGAACGCUCAUAGGACUCCUCACUCUCUCGGCACUGCAUUUAGGAGGCCAACACGGGGCCUGAAGUUCAAAUGAGAGACGAUGCUCUUCGCCUGGCACUCACACAAAGCCUGUUGUUUGCUUUUUACAGUUUGUGUUUAAAGCCUUUGAGUUGAACAAAUAUUUUUUUUUUUUUUGGGGAGGUGGGGGUGGAAUUAUGCGUUCUCUUUUGCCAUCUGUUAUGUAUACCAAAUGUAUUUGCUUUUGCAGGUGUUCGUUUUUUUUUUUUUUUUUUGUUAACUUACUACAUGAUUUUGUUUACUGGUCUGAAAUGAUAAACCUUUGAAUUAGCACACCGACUGUGAUGAUCUUAUGAGUAAUUUAUGGAAUUAUUAAUAUAUUUUUUUUAUUUGAAAUUUCAGUGUUAGUAGUUGUGAAUAUUUAAGGGAUCAUUUGACCAAAGCCUCUUGUUGGACAUAAUGUAUUUGUGUUUUGUCAAUGGUCAGCUAAGGAGCGGCCAUGUUCUGCAGCACUCAGUCCUGAGAGGAAGUCUGUUUAGACAGGUUUACAAAAGAAUGCACUACAACCCCAUGCUGGGCACCAAACGACAGUGGAGGAAUAGGGCAAUUUUAUUAUUUAAACUUUGAAGUAACAACCCUCCAGGAGGGACUGUGGAAUGACACUAUGAUUCUCUGCAUGAGAGAGAAGAAUAACACAGACAAAUGCUCACCCUUUAUUUAUUCUGAUCCUGAUGGUUCACUAAAAUAAACACUUUUGUUCUUCA